AUGGCAACAAAAACGACAAUUACCUUAUCACCCAUAAAACGUUGUCAUGCUUCAACAAUGUCAAGAAAACGACGUUUAUCAUCUUUACUAAUUAAUAAUCGUAAACACCAACUGGAUUUAUCAUUAACAAUACCCAUAAUUCAUUCUCUACCGACGAAAAUCACAGCUAGUUGUGAAAAACAAAUGAUGCCAUCAAUGAAAUUACCUGAUCUUGUCAAUGAUAUUAUGAUUGAGCAACAACAACAACGAGAAGUUAUUGUUAAUAUUGCCACUAUGUUAAGAAAAAUUGGUGAUCAAAUCGAUGAACAACUACAGAUAAACAACACUUCAUCAUCAAUCGAUCACAGAUUUGGCCAACGAACCAUUACACUUAUUUAUCGUUUAUCUCGUAUACUUCGUUGUUUCUUGUAA